ACUUUCAUACUUCUACAUGUGCAAGAAAAAAAAAACCCUGGAUUCGUUUCCCUACUUCGUAGUUGGAACUUUCACACCAUUUUCCCUUGAAUCUCGACGAAGAUUGCUGUUAAUCCCUCACCGCAAUCUCAAUUUUUCGAUUCCUAUUGUUAUCGCAAUCGGUUUCAAAGAUCACGUGCUUUGCCUGGAAUUACUUGGUAGCUUGACAUGCGGAGAGAACAAUCCCAGUCUCCUUGCCUAACAGAUGCGGAGCCAGAUAUAAUAAGUUUCUUACCAGGUCAUGUAAUAGACCACAUUCUCUCACUUUUGCCAAUUAGGGAGGCGGUGAGGACGAGUGUAUUGGCUAGCAAAUGGAGGUACAAGUGGGCCACUUUACCAAAUCUGGUGUUCGAUAACCAAUGUGUCUCUGUGACUUCCGAAGACCAUUUAGUUAUCAAGAAGAAGCUCUUGAGAGUUAUUGAUCAUGUACUUUUACUUCAUUCGGGCUCAAUCAACAAGUUCAAGCUCUCCCAUCGUGAUCUCAUUGCUGUGACUGAUAUUGAUCGGUGGAUUCUUCAUGUGUGCAGAAGGUCUGUUAAGGAGCUAGUUCUGGAAGUCUGGAAAGGGCAACGCUAUCUGAUACACUCUUGCAUAUUUUCUUGCCAAAGUCUAAAUCAUUUAGAAUUAUUUAAUUGUUGGCUUAAACCGCCAUCAACGUUUAAAGGAUUCAGAAACUUGAAGAGUCUUGAUCUGCAACAUGUUACCUUGACUCAAGAUGUUUUUGAAAAUUUGAUAUCCAGAUGCCCUCUGCUUGAACGGUUGACAUUGAUGAACUUUGAUGGUUUUAGUCAUCUUAAUAUCAGUGCGCCAAAACUCCAGUUUUUUGACAUCGGAGGUAAAUUUGAUGAUAUUAGCUUUGAGAACACUUUCCAGUUAGCUGUGGUAUCCAUUGGUUUGUAUGUGAGCUUUGAAAACAAUGAAAGAUUGCUUGGAGGUGCUAGCAAUUUGCUCAAGUUUUUUGUUCAUCUACCUUGUGUGAAAAGGCUAGAGGUUCAGAGCUACUUUCUGAAGUAUUUGACAAUAGGGUUUGUGCCGGAGAAGCUUCCUAGACCUUGCAUUGAUCUGACUUAUCUCUCCAUACGCAUGAACUUCUAUGAUGUGAAGGAAAUUUCAGGUGCUCUUUGCCUAUUAAGAAGCUCACCUAAUCUACAAGAACUAGAAAUAUUGACUCGAUCUGAGGAGCCGAAUGUUCUGUUAGCACAACCCUAUUGCUGGGAAGAUUUCUAUUUGAAUUUCCCAGUCAUGCAACUGCGACAUGUGAGGAUAGAUGGCGUGUCUGAUUUCAAGGCUGAAUUAGAUUUUAUCAGCUUCCUCUUACUGUAUUCUCCUGUGUUAGAAAGGAUGACUGUGAAGCCUAUAAACCUCGAGCUAGGGUUGAUGAAAGAGCUGAUGAAAGAACUAAUGCGGUUCAAGAGAGCCUCAGCUCGAGCUGAACUUAUUUUCCUAGAAUCUUGAUAAUGCUUUUUUUUUUUUAUUGAAUUCUCGAAUGUGUAUAACCAUUAGUACCAUUUUCUCGUGGGACUUGUGUUAUUUGACGCUCAACAAGUACAUUCAAGAUAGCAGGAAGUUCAAAAACGAAGUUAUCGGCAUUAAGUUCAAUGAUAGGAAGAAGCUGCUAUUAACCUAACCUAAGCUAUUCCUUAAUAUAUCUAAGGUUUUAUGCUGGCGGCCUCUUUUUGUUGUCAUUUAAACCAUAUAACAAUAUAACAUUCAAUAUUUUUAUUUUUUAA